AUCCUUUCAGCUAAGCGAGGGCCAUACCUGGACCGCGGACGAGCCUAGCAAGGGCCCCCAAAGGUCUCGCAAACUCCGCCCCGGAAGGCCCGGCUCCUUUCCUGGAGGACCCUCAACUCUAGUCCAGCGGCGCCACGCCCCUCAGGCUGCAGCUAGCUCGGCCUCCCCGCGGCCCCCGCCCCUCCCGCGGCCCCCGCCCCUCCCCACCUCCCCUUAACCUAGGGCACGACACUACGCCAGUCCCCCAUGUUCCUCCGAGCGGGUCUGGCCGGGAUCUCUCCGCUUCGUCACACUCUCCGGCCUGCUCUGGUCGCCGCCAUGAGCACUGGUACCUUCGUCGUGUCUCAGCCGCUCAAUUACCGCGGCGGGGCCCGCGUGGAUCCGGUGGACGCCUCCGGCACCGAGAAGGCGUUCGAGCCAGCAACCGGGCGAGUGAUAGCUACUUUCACGUGUUCAGGAGAAAAGGAAGUAAAUUUAGCUGUUCAAGAUGCAAAGGCUGCCUUUAAAAUAUGGAGUCAAAAAUCUGGCAUGGAACGUUGCCGAAUCCUUUUGGAGGCUGCCAGGAUAAUAAGGGAUCGGAAGGAUGAAAUUGCCACUGUGGAGACCAUCAACAACGGCAAGUCCAUCUUUGAGGCCCGCUGGGACAUUGACACUUCCUGGCAGUGCCUGGAGUACUAUGCAGGCUUAGCGGGAUCCAUGGCCGGCGAACACAUCCAGCUCCCCGGCGGAUCCUUUGGUUACACCAGAAGGGAACCACUAGGGGUGUGUGUCGGAAUAGGAGCAUGGAACUACCCCUUUCAGAUCGCCUGUUGGAAGUCGGCUCCAGCUCUGGCUUGUGGUAACGCCAUGGUCUUUAAACCUUCUCCCUUCACACCUGUGUCCACACUGCUGCUGGCUGAAGUCUAUACUGAGGCCGGUGUGCCUCCUGGGCUCUUCAACGUGGUGCAAGGAGGGGCUGCCACAGGCCAGUUUCUGUGUCAGCAUCGCGAUGUGGCCAAAGUCUCCUUCACUGGAAGUGUGCCCACUGGCUCAAAGAUCAUGGAGAUGUCAGCUAAAGGAAUUAAACCUGUUACCUUGGAACUUGGAGGCAAGUCUCCACUGAUCAUCUUCUCAGAUUGUGAUAUGAAGAAUGCUGUGAAGGGGGCACUGAUGGCCAACUUCCUCACGCAAGGCGAGGUUUGUUGUAAUGGUACAAGGGUAUUUGUGCAAAAGGAAAUUCUUGAUCAAUUUUCAGAGGAAGUGGUGAAACAGACCCAAAGGAUAAAAAUUGGAGAUCCCCUUCUGGAAGAUACAAGGAUGGGUCCCCUGAUCAACCGACCACAUCUGGAGCGAGUCCUUGGGUUUGUUAAAGUGGCAAAGGUGGAGGGUGCUAAAGUAUUAUGUGGUGGAGACCUCUACGUACCUGAAGAUCCCAAAUUAAAGGAUGGGUAUUACAUGAGACCUUGUGUGUUAACUAAUUGUAGAGAUGACAUGACCUGUGUGAAAGAAGAGAUUUUUGGACCGGUUAUGUCCAUUUUAUCAUUUGACACUGAAGCUGAGGUUCUGGAAAGAGCCAAUGAUACCACUUUCGGACUAGCAGCUGGUGUCUUCACCAGGGACAUCCAGCGUGCCCACAGAGUGGUGGCUGAGCUUCAGGCUGGAAUGUGCUUCAUUAACAACUAUAAUGUCAGCCCAGUGGAGUUGCCCUUUGGUGGAUAUAAGAAGUCAGGGUUUGGCAGAGAGAAUGGCCGUGUGACAAUUGAAUAUUAUUCACAACUAAAGACUGUGUGCGUGGAGAUGGGUGACGUGGAGUCUGCUUUUUGAAAAUGUGCAGUGAAGCCAGUGAACACGGCCGGGCCUGGGAAUAAUGAGAACCGGCUCUCUUGACUGCGGCGGUGCACAGCCACCUACCAGUUGAGAUCCAGAAUGUUGGCCAUUCAGGAUAAGAGAAUGGUUCAGUGUUACUCUUCAUCGCUCAAUCAAUUUCCUAAGUGAAAAUGUGCGUAAGUGCCUUUUAGAUGCUAAUCAAGAAAGCUGUGAUUUUCCUUAAAGCAAAUUUCUGUGAAAUCUUUGAGAGCCGCUCUUCCACAGAGCCGACCCACUGACAGGUUCAUUCUCUAGCUUGCUUUAAAGAACCCGUGCCUUUAGAGGUUUCAGGGGGAAUCAGCAGAGAUUUCUGCUCCUUGACAUUUUUAAAGACAUGGCCCCUUGUCAUUCCAUUCAGAAGGCUGGCAGUCGAGAGAGAGGGCUUGGCUAAUAGUUGGGUCAGUGUGUGAAUGCUGACUGGCCAGAGCCAGCGCUGUGGGGAUGGGGGAAACCAGCUCCAGUCCUUGAGUUACAGCUUGCUCUCUUAUGACAGAAGAGUUUCCUUUUAAACGUACAGAUUAUUUGUAAUCCACUGCAGUAUACUGAAACUAAAUAAAUCACACCGUCAGUC